AUGCUUGCAACGAACAAACCGGUAGCUGAUGUCGACUCCGGCCGCAAACUUGGGAGACUUCCUUCGAGUAUUGAUGGCAGUGCAGGCUGUGCUCCUGACAGGCCACCCUCGACGCCAUCCCCAGCGACGACCUGUCGGCACCGCGCAUCUUUGCCGCUCUCAAGGCUCGUUUUGCACCGGACGACGCUACACGCACUCUCGAGUUGUUCGCUCGCCUUUGGGACUUCAGGAAGAUGCCUGCCUCCGUCGAGGCCUACGACACUUGGCUACGCGAGUACAUGUCGAUUGCUCAGGAAAUACGCGACGCCAAAACAUCGCUCAACGACGUGCUCGCCACCCACGUGCUCGCCAUGGUCCCGUCUUGCCUCGACAGCUUCCGACUCACGUUCACGGACGAGCAGCGAAACCGACGCGACCUUCCCGAACUCACGACGCUUACGGACCGCAUUCGCAUCCAGCUUCGUUCGGCAGGACUCUCGACCUCGCAUUCGGCCAUGCUUGCCACCAGCUCCCCCUGCCCCGCCUGCCGCGCUCCCGGUCACCGCCUGCGCGACUGCACUUCACGUGCGAAGCACCCGCCCACCGGCCCCUGCCGCCGAUGCCACAAGAAAGGUCACUGGGCACUCGACUGCAAGAACCGGGGUGAACAGGCACGUAGCAGCGACGACACCCAGGACGACACGUCUUCCUCCGCGGCCUCGCAACCGAACGUCGGCUAUUUCGCCUCCUGCCUCUUCGCUCGUCGCCAACUCCCAACUGACGCCUUUGUAGUCGAUUCGGGUGCCACGACACACAUGGUCGCCGACCGAUCUCUAUUCACGACUUAUCGUCAGACGGCACACACCAAGAUCGGCGGCAUCGCGGGCGGCAUCACGGCUAUCGGCAUGGGGGACGUGGCAUUCGUCGCCAAGACUGGACACCCGAUCACGCUCCGUGGUGUUCUUCACACGCCUGGCCUACACGUCAACCUCCUCUCUGUCUCUCGCCUCUGCGACACCGACCGCGUUCGUCUCGCCUUCACCAGCGACGGCAUCGACAUCGCCAAGGACGGCCGGGCCAUUGCUCACGGUACCAGGGUCAACGACGGUCUUUACCUUUUGGACGCGGAUCACACCAAGUGUCAGCAUCUUGCCUUCCUCUCACGCUCUGAGUCUCCCGUGCCCCUGCUUACCCUACACCGCUGCCUCGGCCAUCUUGCCCCAUCCUCUAUACAGAAGAUGAUUGCUGCAGGUUUGCUGGACGGGUUUGGGGCCGGGUACAGUGACAAAGACGUAGAGGAGUUUGUUUGCAAUGCUUGCCUUGGUUCCAAAGGUCACCGCCUUCCCUUUCCCGACUCUGAGUCGCAUUCCGCCGAGAGACUUGGCCUCGUGCACAGCGACGUCCUGUCGUUCCCCACUCCGUCCUUGACCGGGAAGCGCUACCUUGUCACGUUUCUAGACGACCACUCUCGCAAACUCUGGGCAUAUGCGAUCGAUCACAAAAGCGAUGUUUUCCCGACCUUCCAGACUUGGCUCGCCGAAGUGGAGUUAGAGACGAACGCGCGGUUGAGGAUCCUUCGAACCGACAAUGGCGGGGAGUACCGAUCAAACGCAUUCACGGAGUUCUGCAAAUCCAAGGGCAUUCGUCGUCAAUACUCUAUCCCUUACACGCCUCAACAAAACGGUCGCGCCGAACGUGUCAACCUCUCCAUCGUCGAGGGCGUCCUCGCUCUCCUUGCGGACGCCCGUCUGCCGGCCACCUUUUGGGAUGAAGCGGCUGCGUAUUUCGUUUAUUGCAAAAACAGGUGCUCACACUCAGCUUUGGCCAAACAGACUCCAGAAUCCGUUUGGAACGGCCAACGCACCACCGCCACCGCCCUCCACCCGUUCGGCUGCACAGCCUGGCUCACGGUCGCCCCGGACCUUCGCAGCAAGCUCGACCCCAAGGCCGCGCGCGUGAUCUUCACAGGUUACGACCUCGCCUCCAAAGCUUUCCGUUUCUUUGACCAUUCCAUCAACAAGAUUGUACUUGGUCGCAAUGCCACCUUCCUCGACGACGACUUCCCCGGCCUGCCAGUCACCACGCCCGUCGAUGCAGACGACACCGACCGUCAGUUCGUCGUUCCCGCCGACACGCCCGCCCCUGCCGUCAAGACGAGGACCCCACUAGUAAGGUCGGCGCACAUGGACGUCUCAUCCUCCCUUGAUGAUUCUGCCAUGAGCGCCGUUGACGUGGCCCCAGGGUACACUGGCGGAACCUUACUUAAUUCCACAGAUACCGAAUCGUCCUCGUCACCGUCUCCUGAGCCGUCCUCGUCACCGUCGCCCACAAACCCUUUGUCACCGUCGCCUGCGCUGUCACCGUCGUUGGCAGCGUCAUCGUCACCCUCGGUCUCACCGACCGACUCUGACUACUCCGCCGACCCUCUGGACCUCAUCGGCUCACAGACCCCGACUCGCCUUGGCCCACCGGACGUGCACCGCCCAGACUUCAGCACGUACCGUGAGCCCGCAUCGGCUGAGGAGUCGCCCGACGAACUCGACAUCAUUGGGCGUCACUCGCGCGAUGAAUCGCCGGAUGAAAUCGAUUUCCUCACCCAACACCACCGCGCCUUCAUCGCCACAGACGACGACGAGCACAACAUCUGGGCUGAGGCCGCCGCCGCCGAGUUCACCGCCAUGCGCGACGACUUCAAGGUGUUCACCAUCGAGCCUCGCUCAUCUGUACCGCCGGGCGCCACCAUCGUCACCUCCAAAUUCGUCUGGAAGACCAAGCGCAACGCAAGCGGUGAAGUCACGGGGCGGAAGGCAUGUCUUGUAGCGCAGGGUAACCGACAGCGCGACGGCAUCGACUUCUCAGAAACCUUCGCACCCGUCGCCCGUUUCUCCUCCAUUCGCUGCCUCCUGGCUCUUGCCGCUGCCAAUGGCUACCACGUUCAUCAGGCCGACAUCGACAAGGCUUACCUCCACGGCGAGCUCGAUCAUGAUAUCUGGAUGACGACACCACGCGGUUUCGACUUCCCGAGCGAUAAGGUUCUCCGGCUGCGACGCUCAAUCUACGGUCUCAAGCAGGCCGGUCGCAUCUGGAAUCGUCACAUUGACACAUCACUCAGGAAUCUGGGGUACAAGGCAACAGGCACUGAUCACUGCAUUUACUCUCGCAUUGACGAUCAGCAGCGGCCUCACUAUAUCGCCUUGUAUGUCGACGACCUCCUCAUUGUCAGUCCAGCCCUCGACGAGAUCGAACGUGUCAUCUCCGGCCUUGAACAGCGGUACGGCGUCAAACGACUCGGCCCCGCGGAGUACAUCCUCGGAAUCCAAAUACGCCGCCUGGACGACGGUUCCAUUGCUCUAUCCCAGGAGCGCUACAUCAUGGACGUGCUGGCCCGUUUCCACUUCGACACCACGACACGCGGCACUACGGUGCCGAUGACGCCCGGCCUCUCGCUCACGGCAAUUCCGGGUCAGGGAACGGAGCGCAUUCGUUCGUGGUACCUACAGGCCAUCGGCUCCCUCCUCUACAUCUCCCUUGGCACUCGACCCGACAUUGCCUUCGCCGUCUCGUACCUGUCCCGGUUCGCCAACAACCCCGGCCGCCGCCAUUGGAUUGCCGUCAAACACGUCCUUCGCUACCUUCGCGCCACGUACCGCGAUGAGCUUCUCUAUGCCCGCGGCCCAGCAAAAGUCACGGGUGUGGUUGGUUAUUCUGAUGCGAACUGGGGCGCCUGCGUCGACACAUCCAUUUCAACGAUGGGCUACGUAUUUUACUUGGCAGGCGCCGCUGUCUCUUGGUCGUCGAAGCGUCAGACUCGGGUAGCGGAUUCCACCACUGAUGCCGAGUACCUGGCCUUGUCGCACGCGGGUAAGGAAGCGAUCUACCUUAACCAACUCCUCUCCGAGCUCCACGUUUGCCCAAUCGCUGCAGCUCACAUCUUCACCGACAACGAGGCCGCGGCCGCCGUCGCUCACGACCCCGUUCGCACCUCCGGCACCCGGCACAUUCGCCUCCGCGAGCAUUUUGUCCGUGACAUGGUCAAUCGAGGUGAUAUCUCUCUCUCACACGUUGGCACAGCAGACAUGGUUGCGGACGUAUUCACCAAAGCGCUAGGCCCCAAGAUUUUUGGUACACAUUGCUAUGCUCUAGGCCUCCGGACGCGACAUCCACGGCUCAAGUCUACCUCGCGUUCGCGUGGGGGGGGGGGUGUGAGGAAUCCACUCUCCGCUCGGCUCAGGACUUAGGCGCGCGGAGCGAACCGGGCGCGGACUUAGGCGCGCGGAGUGAGCCGGGCGCCCCGGCCCAGGACUUAGGCGCGCGAAGCGAGCCUGGGACUUAG